GUUAUACAUAGUCCAGGGCAUGUUGCAGUGUUGCAAUAGUUUAAAUAGUGUUGCUUCCCCCUCCCCUCCCUAUGCCUCUAUUUAUCCGAGGAGAUUCCCUCCCAGUGUGCAGAACUCAACAGGAUUCCCUCCUCCGGCAGAAUGGUAUGGACCGGUGCCUUCUUUCUGCUGCUCCUUAUUCUUUUUAUUUCCUUCUGCUGCCGCCGAUUUCUGCACAGAACCAGGCAGCCCAAUGAGCCUCCGUUGGACCACGGUUCCAUUCCCUGGCUGGGCUAUGCUUUUGAAUUUGGGAAAGAUGCUGCCAAAUUUAUAUCAAAAAUGAAAGAAAAGCACGGGGACAUAUUUACAAUCCAAGUAGCUGGCAAGUUCAUUACUAUUUUACUGGAUCCACAUUCCUAUGAUGCAGUUGUCUGGGCCCCGAGCAGCCACCUGGAUUUUGGGAAAUACGCACGGAUGUUGAUGGACCGGAUGUUUGAUGUUAGACUGCCCCCCACUGGUGUGACUGAGGAGAAAACUUUACUGACAUCGCACUUUCAAAGCUCUAAUCUGACUAUACUGACAAAAUCCAUGUUCCACAAUCUCAAUAUCAUCCUACUAAAUGACAGAUGGCUGCCAGACACUGAAUGGAAGGACCAGGGAUUAUUUGAAUUUGUUUAUGGAGUGAUGCUAAGAGCCGGUUACCUAACACUGUUCGGCACUGAAUCGGAGCCGGACACCGCUACAUGUUCUGCUGUGAGAGAUCUCGAGCGCUCCAAGGAAAUUUAUCAUGAAUUUCGUAAACUGGAUCAGCUGCUCAUGAAGUCGGCGCGGAACACAUUAUCCCCAGGAGAAAAGGAAGAGGCUGCUUUGGUGAAGAGUCGCCUUCAGCAACUCCUUUCCAUGAAGAGCCACAAAGGAAAAUGCUGUAAAAGUUCUUGGUUUGAGUAUUACCAGCAGCACCUGGAAGAAAUAGAAGCGACCGAAGACAUGCAGUCCAGAGCACUGGUCUUACAGCUAUGGGCUACCCAGGGUAAUGCCGGCCCAGCAACUUUUUGGCUUGUUCUGUAUUUGCUGAAGCAUCCUGAAGCCAUGGCAGCUGUUCAAGGGGAAUUUCAAAGAAUAUUUCCAAGGAACCGGCAAGAAAAAAGGCACAUCGAAGAAAUGAAUCAGGAUCUGCUGGAUAAAAUGAUCAUCCUGGACAACGUAUUAAGCGAGACCCUGAGGCUGACGGCAGCCCCCUUCAUCUCCAGGGAAGUUCUCACCGACAUGAGUUUGAAGCUUGCCGAUGGGCAGCAGUACCAGCUCAGAAGAGGAGACAGACUCUGUCUCUUCCCAUUCGUAAGUCCCCAGAUGGACCCAGAGGUUCAUCAGCAGCCCCAGGUCUUUCAGUACAACCGCUUCCUAAAAUCAGAUGGAACAGCGAAGACGGAGUUUUACAAAAACGGCAGAAGGCUGAAGUACUAUAACCUGCCGUGGGGUGCGGGAAGCAAUGUUUGCGUUGGGAAGAAGCAUGCAAUCAAUAGCAUCAAACAAUUUGUCUGCCUCCUGCUUUUCUAUUUUGAUUUUGAACUAAAAAACCCUGCCGAGGAGAUCCCAGAAUUUGAUCGCACCAGGUACGGAUUUGGACUGUUACAGCCUGAACGUGACAUCAUCUUCCGAUACAGGAGGAAAGCCUGAGCAGGAGUUGGACUGCACCACAUUACAACAUGGGGUGAAAACUUUUCCAAGACUGAUAUUUUUGUUUGUAAAAGUCACCUUAAAAUUCACUGGAAAUCUGUAAAUGUCAAAGCAUCAAAAUGGACUUGCUUUUAUUACUGGGGAGAAGCCAAUCCCAUGUCUCAAUCCCAAUAGGAGCAGCAGAACUGGCCUAGUCUUCCACAGUCC